GCGUAGUCUCUUCAGUUUGCAUCGAGCCCUGCGUUUGCUCUGCCCAGAAAUCCAUUUUGCAACAGUGACUUUGCGCUGCUCUCGUCUCGCUGGCACAAUGAAGCUCAUCGCGAUGCUAUUUUUUGCGAUGCUCUUCUGCCUGUCCUGGGUCAGCGCCACCAUAGAGCCUCAGAAAGACUUUGACCUGCAGAAGUUUGCAGGAAAGUGGUACCGUGUGGCCUCGGCCUCUAACUCUCCUAGAUUCGCCCACUACAAGGACAAGUUACGCGUCGCCAUGGUCAUGAUGACUCCGCAGGAAAACGGAGAUAUUAACGCCACCGUGUGGAAGCAGAAGUCAUCUGGUUGCUACAACACUGCCGUAACAUACCAGAAAACGGCAGUUCCUGGAAAAUUCACCUAUUUCUGCAAAUCCCAUCUACGAACGAAGGAAAUCAUUGUGGUGGAGACCGAUUACGUUGAAUACGCCCUGACGCUGAAAUACAAGGACAGGACCAAAGAGUUCUCCUACCUCUCUCUUUACACUCGCAGAGAGAAGCUGGAGCCAGAACCUCUAGAGAAAUUGAAGGAGUUCUCUCUGUCCCAAGGCCUUCCAAAGGAGUCUGUUGUGAUCAUGCCAGCUCCUCGAGAAGACUGUCUUCCAAACAACGUCUAGGGCUCCUGGGUGGACUUGGGCUGUCCUGGGGGAAUACUGACCACGCAGCGGAGUCUCGUCUUCUCACUCGAGGCCUUCGUAUGCUGUACGAACAGACAGACUGUUGCUUUUCGGGGUUCAGCGAAGGCUGAAAGGAGGCCUGCUGUGCACUUCCUAAUAAAAGCUCUAACAUAUUCGUAA